AUGGCUAAAAAUCCAGCUCUUCAACAGGCAUAUUGUGACUUCAUGAAUGAUUACGAGUCACAAGGUCACAUUAUCAAAGCAUCACCUGUUGAAGACCAUUCUAGAUGCUACUACCUACCACAUCAUAGUGUCAUCAAAGAGUCGAGUACAUCAACAAAGUUGAGAGUUGUAUUUAACGGUUCGCAAAAAACAAAUACUGUUCAAGAGUACGAAUUAACAACCGUAACAUAUGGUACCAAACCAGCACCAUUUUUGGCUUUGGCUACUUUAAAGCAACUUGAACUGGAAGAGGGAGAUAGGUUCCCGUUGGUUAAAUCAGCUAUUUCACAAGGGUCAUAUAUGGAUGACAUAUAUGUUGGGGCUGAUAAUAUACAACAAGGGAUUGACAAGGUGGUACAAAUACAACAAAUGCUUCACUCAGGUGGCUUCGAGCUGAGGAAAUGGAUAAGUAACUCGAGUGAGUUAUUGAGUAAAAUUCCAGUAGAAUUUCAUGAGAAAUCAUCCACCUUGAGUGAUAGUAAUCAAGUUUUCAGGACACUUGGUCUCAAUUGGGAUACAACAGUUGAUUGUUUUAGUUACAUUCCAAUAGUAUAUAAGGAACCUAAAGCAAUCACUAAGAGAGUCGUUUUAGCACAAGUGGCCCAACUAUUCGAUCCACUUGGUUGGAUAUCACCAGUCGUAGUUAAGGGUGAAUUAUUUAUGCAAUCUUUAUGGAAGAUUAAGCUUGACUGGGAUGAGCCAAUUCCUGAAAAUUUAUUGGGUCCAUGGAGAGACUUUGUCUCUCAACUGAGUCAUCUAUCUGAGAUAAAAAUACCGAGAUGGUUGAAUCUCACACUAACAGUUUCAUCCAUUGAGAUUCAUGGAUUUGGUGACGCUUCUGAUGCAGGAAUUGGGGCUGUAGUGUACUUAGUGUCUGUUGAUACUCUUGGUGUAGCCAACAGUAAUAUGAUAGCAUCAAAGUCGAAGCUAGCACCUAUUAAGGCCAAAUCCAACAGCUCCAAUAAAACUAGAGCAACACGGCAUCAUGUGCCAGGUGAGGAUAAUCCAGCUGAUAUCGUAUCACGUGGUGCAUCAUCAUCACAACUGCAUACAGACACGUUGUGGUGA